AUGCCCCACACACCAAUUCUGGCCAUGACAGCCACUGCCACAGCACAUUACCGGAAUGAAAUAAAAAGAAGUCUAGGGAUGCAGAAUGUUUUAAAUGUGGAAGAAAACCCAGACAGGGAAGAUAUAUUUUAUGAAGUCCAUCCACGAGGUAACCGGGGCGAUGAGAAAUUGAUUACAAUCAUAGAGCCCUUGGCCUUAGAGUUCAAGGAAAAAUUACUUGCAAUGCCUCUCACCAUUGUCUAUGGCAGUCUUGAAACUUGUGGUGAAUGCUAUAGCUACUUUGAACAGGAGCUUGGUCCACAUCAGUUUUAUCCAGCUGGGUCUCCUUCAAUUUUUAGUAAUCGACUUUUUGCACAAUACCAUGCCCAGUACCCUGAAUAG